GGUAGCUGAUGCUAACUUAAACUAGCGAACCACCAGAGGCACAUUUAGCCUCUCGUUUGUACUGAAAUAUAAUACUUUAGAGAUUUUAAAAGUACAUUUAGACAAAGCGAAGUAAUCCAAGUUGUUUGUGGGAACAUUAGAGUGGAAUAACAACGCGUUUAGAGCUGCGUUUCUGUUCAACGUGACCGCUGGUGUAACGAGGAUUUCUGUUUACCGGAAGCAGAAUGUGCUAACGUGAAGAUGCCUUCUUUCGACUUGUUGAAUAAUGUGGAGCUUUUUGUGAAACACGGAAAGUUUCCUGCAGACGCUACAAAGAGCUGCAAGAAAGUCACCAAAGCUGCCAGCAAGAAGUUCAUCUUUAAAGAUGGUUUUCUGUGGCGUCAUUACAGGGGACGCCUGCUCAGAGUUGUAAAAAGUGACGAGGAGGUGAAGGAAAUUAUGAUCCGUUUCCACGACAACAACAACCACGUCGGUAGGAUUAAAGUAGUAAAGGAUAUAAUGCUGAUGUUUUACUGGGUUGGAGUGACGGAGGUCGCGAAGGCCUGGAUCAAAAAGUGUGAAUUUUGUCAGAACCGAAUUCUUCCAGAAACCAAAAAACCCUUGGUCCAGUUCUGCUUUGUCUACGGCUGCGAAUCCUCUAGCUCCAUCUACCCCGAACUCAGCUUCCACAGGUUUCCAGAAGAUAAAGAGAUCCGGCAGAGAUGGUUGUCGGUGGCUCAGAGAGAUGAAAACUCUCUGAGAUCAAACUCUUUUCUCUGCUCCAAACACUUUGAGCCGUCUUGCUUCACUCUGAGCGACGAGGUUCGGCUGACUCUAUCACCUGGCGCCGUGCCGACCAUCAUCCCAGAGACAGGGCAGGAGGACCAGGUCCCUGUCCCUUCAGAGGAGGACUUCCUGUUCUCUAACAGCCUGGAAGACCCCUUCUCCAAAACCUCUCCUCCUCCUUCCCCCAUGGAGCUGCAGGAGCAUCAGUACUGCCUCCAGGACCCAGAACCCACAGAGACGGAGCUGAAGAGGAGGUUCCUCAAUGAGUCCAGCUUCAAGGUGUUCAACCACAUCGCCAGGUAUCUGAGCCACAGAAUCUUACCCAUGCAAAACAAGAAAGGCAUAAGUAGUUUGAAAAGGAUGACCAACCGCUUUGCGUUAAAAGACGGUGUGCUGAUGUACACUGUAGUCUCUCCUCCUGUCAGAGUGCUACGCAGCAGAGAAGAGGUAAACUCGAUCCUGCGUCAGUUCCACGACGACCUGGAUCACUCUGCUCUGGUGACCUGCCAGAGAGAGAUCACGAAGCGGUUCUUCUGGGCCAGAAUGACCCGGGACGUGGCCCGCUGGAUCUCCUGCUGUCAGACCUGCAUGGACAGAACCAAGAGGAGGUGGCUCCGCUGCAGCAUGAGGAGCUGCACCAACAGCUGUGGGCCGGUGGAGAGAGGCCUGGGGCUCACCUUCCACAAGUUUCCUCUGGACGACACGCCUCUUCUUCAUCAGUGGAUGAAGGCGGUCGGUCGUCCCAACUGGUUUCCUCGACUCGGAUCGUCCGUUUGUUCGUCCCAUUUCAGCGAGGAAUGCUUCGAUCGCAGCGGGGAGAAAGUGUCGGUCCGAUCAGACGCCAUGCCGACACUCAUGGUGCACGGAAACCAAGAGACUCCGCUCACAGGACCGAUCCAGCCUGCAGUGGACGAGACGUAUUUCUCUAAGUACGACGCGGUGGAGCUUUACCUGAUUAAACGCACGUAUCCUCCUGGACUGAGCUACGUGGAGAAAAACACCUUCAGGAGGUUCUGCAAGAGGUACUGCAUCAAAGGUGAUUCUCUGCACACAGAGAGAGGAAACCGGCUGUGUUUGGUCCUCAGGAGCCGGACGAAAGUGGAACAAGCUCUGCUGGAUUUUCACGACGAGUUGAACCACCUCAACGUCAACAAGUGUCUCCGACUGCUCAACGAAAGGUACUUCUGGAAAACCAUGAGGCCUGAUGUGGUUCAGUGGAUCAACAAAUGCUCAGAGUGCAGCAGGAAGACCAAGAAGAAGAAGAAACAAGGAAGACCACCAACAGGAACAUUUCAAUCUCCUCUGCAGACGCCGAGACCUCCACACACUCCAGAGGAUUUAGACAGUGGGAAGGAUGGAGAGGAUGGUGGUGAUGAAGAUGUUGGUGAUGAAGAGAGAGGAACAGCACCACAUGUAGAGGACAGAGGGGAAACCCCUUCGCUGCCUCAGCCCAGAAUUCCCAUCCUGGUUCAUCUGACAACGCCCAUUCAUUUCCCCUCAAGUACUCCCAUAACCCUCCAUCCAACGACUUCUAACGCCGUUAACGCGGCCAGACUUUUCCAGAACAAAACACUCUCCUCUGUAAACUCUGAGCCAACUGGACCUCAGGAGCAGAAAGAGAUCGUUAUUUCUCACGUUAGCGCCAGAACACUUCACUUUGUCAAAGUCCAGGACAUCAUCAGCCCUCUCCCUGAAUCAAAUCUUCCCCCUGAGCUCACAGCUACACACAAACCUCCUCAAUCCAUGAGCAAGAAAAUCAAACCUCCCAGUCAAGGCAGAGGGAUUAAAACUCAAACUAAGAGCUGUGAAAGCGGCCAACAACCAAAAAGGAGGAGAAAGAAGGACCUGGAAGCGGAUCAAAUAACAUCCAGCUGUGGUUUGGAGCCUUUAUUAGCUCCGAGCUCCAAACCCUGGCCCGUUAUCACCAUCCCUGACUCUUCCUCCACACAAUCAGCAAAACCCCCGACGAAUGUGGACAGUGCUGCUCCCCUGCAGAGGAACAUAACUCUUCAGGCCCGGAUCGUCCUCCAGCAGUGCAGCGAGGCUAAAGUUAAAAUCCAACAAGCUGGUGCUCAGUGGGCGGAGAUCCAGAAAGGAUUGGUGGUGUAUGUUUGUUUCUUCCACGGAGCCACGGAGGAUGUCACUCAUGAGAUGGCCAGAAGUCUGAUGACCACUACAUUUUUCCGUAAAGACUCCGGACACUCGGUUUCCGUGCUGGAUUUCCCCGGGAGCGUUUUGUUUAUCCACCAGGACUCCCUGCUGGGGGAGGGUUUGCCCAAAAGGAGGAGGGAGAGCAGAGGGGGGGGGCAGCUCUUCUCCACCCUAAUAUCUAAAUGCAGGGAGAAAAUGGCCGCCUCGGAGAAAUGUAGGAAAGCCGGAGUGAAAGUGGAACACGGAGAAUACGGAAAGAAACAGGAAGUCAGUCUGAAGUCUGCAGAACCAAUGACUCUACUGAUGGAGUUCUGAGGGGGUAGAAACAAACACUGUGUAAAUAAAGGAUUGAAUCAUAGACUGUA